CCAAGGGACCCGCGCUGACUGCCAAGGGCGAUUGACAAACCCUGCUCGUGGGCCCAGCAGGCGCUGCGUCCCGGCGCGUUGGCAGUUGGCGACCCCCCUUGACUCCCCCUCUGCGGCGGGGCUCCCGGUGGCCUUUGGAGGCUCCAGUCGGCUCCAAAUGUUUUCCAUAUUUGUUCAGCCUCCGUAAUUCGAAUACCAGGGCAGGCUCAGCCCGCCCAGCGCCGCGCUCCGGGGCCCAGCGCGCUGCACACGCACCCACCCACCCACGCAGCGGCCAUGGGCAAGGACAAGCAGCCCCGCGGCCAGCGCAGGCAGGGGGGGGCGGCCGCGGACGCCGCCGGACCCGACGACAUGGGGCCGAAGACGGGCAAAAGGGCACCCAAGGAGUGCGGGGAGGAGGAGGCCCGGACGUGCUGCGGCUGCCGGUUCCCGCUGCUGCUCGCGCUGCUGCAGCUGGCCCUGGGCAUCGCCGUGACCGUGCUGGGCUUUCUCAUGGCGAGCAUCAGCUCCUCCCUGCUAGUCAGAGACACUCCAUUUUGGGCUGGGAUCAUUGUCUGCCUAGUGGCGUACCUUGGUUUGUUUAUGCUUUGUGUCUCAUAUCAAGUUGACGAACGGACAUGUAUCCAGUUUGUUAUGAAACUCUUGUACUUUCUGCUGAGUGCCCUGGGCUUGAUGGUCUGCGUGCUGGCCGUGGCCUUUGCUGCCCACCACUAUUCGCAGCUCACACAGUUUACCUGUGGAACAGCACUCGACGCCUGUCAGUGCAAACUGCCCUCCUUGGAGCCGCUCAGCAGGACCUUUGUGUACAGGGAUGUGACUGACUGUACCAGCAUCACCGGCACGUUCAAACUGUUCUUACUCAUCCAGAUGAUUCUUAACUUGGUCUGCGGCCUUGUGUGCUUGGUGGCCUGUUUCGUCAUGUGGAAACACAGGUACCAGGUCUUUUACGUGGGGGUCCGAAUGUGCUCCCUGACAGCUUCCGAAGGCCAGCAGCAAAAGGUCUAACGUACUCGCUCAAAGGUGGGAGAGAAAACAGCACACUGACUAGCUGGGGUCAAAAAAGGAAAAGGAAAAAGAGAAAGAAGAGGAAGAAAGGAAGAAAAAAAAAACUUUUGACAAUAACUAAUAUUCACUGUAGUAAAUGAAUAUUUUUCUAUUUUUCAGGAAAUAAGAGCAUUUCUUCAGGUUUCUAUAGUAUUUUUAACAAUUCUUACAGGGAAAAUAAGAUCCAAAUUGACUUUAAGACAUUAAAAGAACACUGAACGGGGAAGGAAUGGCAUACAUUUAUUUUUGCAGGUUGGAGUUUAUUUCUUAGUACAGAUUACCCCCACCCCCGCUUUCUGAACAUAGAGCAUUCCCAUGAAAACUUCCGUGAACCGAAAUGGCGUAAAGCGAAGGCACUGCUUUGUAGAAGCAGAAAUCUUCAGAUUUCUUUCGGUUGGCGAAAAUGGGUGCUAAUGUAGAUAUUUCCUAAAGCAAAACGGCGUAGAGCAAACUUUCGGAUAGCGGGGAAAACCUGUACUCAUUUUAUUCAUUAUUUAUAUAAUCCUCUUUCCUGUUCAGUUUAUAGUGUGCAUUGGCAUUUCAGGACCACUUGCUAAAUUUUGCAGUUGUUUCCAAAACUUCCCACCUCCCCCCAUUCCUUUCACUGUGCCUUGGAGAAAGGGGGGAGAGCUGAGCAACUAGGCUGACUCUCUGGAUUUUCCCUGGUAGAGAUGUCUUCAAGGCAUGAAACAGCUUCAAGGGUCAGAGUAGAAAAGGAAGAGACUUUGCAAAGGCUAAAUAAUUAUCAGCACCUGGGCUGGGGUGGAGGCCUUUUCUCUUCAGCUCCCUUAGUUUGGCUCUGUAAGUAGAUCACUUACUAAAUACUUUGGAUGAUUGUCUGCUUCUCAAUAAUUGAAAGUUGGUGGUAGUUGUAUUCUUAAUGAUGUAGAAGGCUUAAAAAUAAUUACAUUAUGCUUCUAUUCUACCAUCUAAAACAAAUCAUUAAAACUAAUUUCUACCUAAUUGUUAAUUAUAAUUAUGCUCAGAAGCCUACUUAAUGAGCCCUGUCUGUACUUAUGUAGCACCAUCGGCAUUAGGAGAAAUUACUCUCACAAGAGAGGAGGCUUAAAGAUUCUUUCUUCUGAAAGCCAAGCUUUACAAAGGAGAAGAAAAAAAUUUUUUUAUUAAUAGCUCAGGUUAAAAAUACUCAUUUAAACAAAAACAAGAGCAUUUAUAAUGGGAAAUGUUUAUACAAAUAGCACAUUUGUGAUACGUUAUAAAGUAUCUCUCUUGGCAGCUAAGUACUUUUGAGGAAGACUGGGUAAUGCCGAAGUGUUCCAUUCACAAAAGUGCAUCUGAUAUGCAAUCCUAUUAUUGAUAUUUAUAUCCAGUCAACCUAGAGACUUAAACUAAUGUCUUGAUGUCCUUAUUUGAGCAUAUGCCCAUUGACUUGGAAGGUAAUUUUUAUUUUGUUUUGUUUUUAAGUUACUGUGACUUAAAAAAGCACAGGCACGCUGGGGUGGGAGUCUUUUCUCUUUUACUUAGUUCUGAACAAUACCAAUAUUUUAAGGAAGGAGCUCAGAAUGCAAAUGCAUGCAGCAUUAAUGUUAUCAAGAUCUUUCUCUCUUAGCAUGCUCUAUUGAAAUCAGAAAUUCAAGAUAAUAAUUGAGAUGAAUUUGCCUCUCCACAUUGCCUAUUGAUAUACUCUGCUAGUCAUGAAAUUCUACCCUAAAAGAAAAUCAUUUUCUUGUUUGCCUUAGAAAAUAGUUGAACAAUUCCAUUGGUUGUGACGACAGUGUCAAUUUCUACACAAUAUAAAUAUCCAAAUAAAAGGGAAAACAUUAAGUCAGUUAGUUGGAGAAUUGUAAAAAGCUUUUAUGUCCUCCAGAUAAAACACCUGAUUAACAGAUGUUAAAACCUUUUUUUUUAAUGUAUUGACUUGCUUAAAAAAUGGCCUUCCUACACACCAGCUCAGGCCAAGAACUCACACUUAGUGGAUAAGACUCUGGAGCAGAGGUUGGAUUACACGCAAAAACUAUAUCGAGAGAACACCAAGCAUCUGGAUGAUGACCUAAAAAAAAAAAAAAAAAAACAAUAACUGAAUCCAUUCUGAUUUGGACAGUUUUUGACAUAAAGAAGAAAAUGACAGAGAAUCUGAAAUAUUGUAGGCUGUUCUGUAAAGAGAGAGAAACUGAUGAUUUAAUGCUAAUUGCUAUGAAUCAGGCACCACUAGAAGCUCACCCUGAAUUCCUUUUUAUAGCAAACACUACCGGUUUUAUAUUAGAAAAUUAAAAGUCUACUCAUCACUAAGGUGCUCAAUGUUUUACAAACAAUUCACAGGGUAUUUCACAUGGUAGAAUUACUUUAGUUUAUGUGUUUCUUUUUCUAAAUAAUGCAACCAGAAAAGGAUGAGACAAUAAGUUUGAUAAUAAUCAGGAUAUAUAUAUAUAUAUAUAUAUAUAUAUAUAUAUAUACAUAAUUAUGUAUGUAAUUAAAUCAUUCUUAAAUCUCCAAAGGAAAAAAAUAAUCGUAAGUGAAAGAAGGAACAAAUAAAUAAAGAAGGAAAGAAACCAAGAAAAGAUUCCUGUGCUGUGAACUCACUGAGUAUUGAUACAUGUAAGAAUUGUGUUGCAUGAAUAACAAACUGCUUUACGCUGGAUUUAAAGUAUUUUGAGGUUGUGUUUUGCAAAUAUUGAAGUUACAAUAACCGGCAACAGAAAAGGAACAGAGACACAGCUUUACACUUAGCAAAAUGUUACAUUUAAAAUCUGACAAGGAGCCAAGAUGGUGACUGUCUCUUCUAAACCAUAAAACAGUAAGAUUUGCGCAAUCCUCCUCCUCUUCCACCUCCUUCAGGAGAAUUAAAUGAAUCAAGACUUUGGAAAGAGUGGAAACUGCCGGGACUUGGCAGUACUUGAAAUAGGAGGAAUACAGCAGCCUAAAUGUACAGACUUUGUAACCAAGCCCACCCGAUCGGUCUGUGCCUUCACGUGACCACCAUCUGUGCCUCCCUCGCUCUGUCCAAAUUUGUGGAGGCAGCUCCUUGGAGCCAAGCCUAAAAAUAUAGCUACAACAGGCCCUAGAAACUGUAGUCAAGUAACAGGCCUGACUUUUUUCCCCUCUUUGAAUUAAACGUCUGUCUAUAUGAUCUCUUUGGAGGGGUUUCCAGCUGCAAUAGCCAUGUGUUCUGACAGCGAGAGCCCAUUAUGUGUGUGUUUUCUGUUCAUGGGCAGGACAUCAGAAUCUCUUAAUAUUCUUGUACUUCUCCUCUUGCAUGCAUUGUAUCUGGAAUAUGUUUAUAGAUUUUUAGUAAAAGGUGGGGUAGAGGUUAUCCAAGGAAGAUUCUGAAGGACAACAGUGGAGCAGUUAUUUAACCAGAAACAAACUGAGAAGUUGCCCUGAAAACCAAUCCUAUCCUGUCACAAAACAUACCUUCACAUUUUCUAGUAAUUACCUCUCAACUAUUGCCAUGGAGCCGUUAAUUUCUGUAAAUCAUGCUGGCUAUCAGUUUUUACUAUACUCAGAGAACUCUGUCAUGUUUUUAGAUGUACACUGAAUAUUCAGGACAGUGUUAAAAAGAGCUGAUGGCCAAAUAUACUGACUUGUGGUGGAAACAUUUGUUUCGAUGAAGGCUCAGUGUUUCAGCCUGGGCAAUGAAUACCUUAAUUCUUUUCUUCUGAUUUUCUCGAUUAUCUUCUUGAUUAUCUCAAAUGAUUAUCCCCUUCAGAAAUAUCGGUCUGCAUUUUGGUGUUGUGAUUUCAUUUUCCUGCCUUUGAUGAAAUAGUGAAUAGAAAACAAAGUGCUUUCUACAGGUAUGAAGUGGUGAUUUUUAAAGGAGAUGCGUAUGUGCAGAUUUUCUUUGUUAAUAAAAUUUUCAUAAUCUCUGAAAA